UCUGCGGCAAACUAUGGCCGUUGAGUAUGCUGGUGUUGGAAGAUAUAGAGAAAGAGAUAGGACGUGACGUGAUGCGAUUGAAAGAAAUGGUGGUAACAGUUCCAGAGGGGUAUUCGAAGGAUAGAAAACAGCCUAUAGAAGAAGAAGAUCUUAAUAUGGCAGACGAAGAAGAAGUAAUUGAUAUAGAGACCCUACAAGAUGAUAACCUUCCGAUUGUUCAUGCAAUUUACUUGAUCUUUCAAAAAGUUUAACUCGUUUUAAUGGUUUUAAUUUUAGUAAUCCCGAAACAAAAAAAGUUGAUUCGGAUUUUUUGGUUGGCAGAAUUUCACAAAUCUAGGCUUCUGCCAAAUGGCCUGUAAUAUGAAUUUGCCCAACACUAACACCUUCCUACUAUGGCUUUUCUCUUUUUUUUUUAUAUAUAUCUCGUUAUUUUUCCCUCAAUAAAAAACGCUGUAAUUCUAUACUUAUUUUCAUGACAAUACAAGCAUUUGAAGAUGAAAAGUAUAAACCGUGGAGUGAGGAAUACAUUGCGUACGGAGCGAUUCUAAGAGGGUUGACAUCGAUCUGUCAAAGCGGACAUUGGACUGAAAAAGACGAGGACGGAUUUGAAUCUGCCAUUCGAGUGGAAGCGGGUAAAGUUAAUAUAUUUAUUAUCCGCAAACAGCGUGAGCUGGAAACACGAUUUGCCUACUGUCAAAGGAUAGUAGCACGGGCACAAACAGAUUCUAUUUCGAACUGGCGUUCCUCAACAAGUCAAACGUUGAAGGAGAUCUUAGCAGAGCUUGUCGAGUUGAACCGUUAUGUGCGCAACAAUUUCAAAGCAUUGGAGCAUCUUGUACAAGAACAUAGAAAAUGGACAGAUACGAAUCUAUGGAGUUUAUUUGUAGAGAUUUGCAGAGAUCGUGCAUUAGAUAACCAAAGAUUUGAUGAUUUAUUUGUAAAUGUCUGUUCGCUCAUCGAUAACCUAAAAAGGAAGGAGGAAAGAUCAAUUCUGGCUGACAAAUCAGAUACCAAACAAGAGAUGCAAUUUGUCAGCGCCCGAUUCUGGGUGCAUAAGGACAAUAUCACGGAGGUCAAAGUAAUAUUAUUGUUUCAUAUGCCAAUGCAGAUAGUAGCGUCCGAUGACACCUAUUUUGAGCAAUCUGAGCAUUCCAGAUCAGUGAUUUAUCUUGACAAUGAUGAUUUCCAGCAAUAUACAGGCGCGUUAGAGUUUGAUGAUGCGGCCGAAUCGAUCAGUGUCUCUUGGUGCAAUGACAUUGAUUUAACAAACAGUAUUUCCGUCUAUCGUACGGCGCUAAGAUCAGCCGACGGUGAUGAUGGAGGGCCGACAUCAGAUCAAAUUAUGUUGGGCAAAUCACGCAUCGUUGGUUUUCUGACAGGGACCUAUUCGACAGAUAGCCUGGCUGAAGAUUUACGCACUGACGGAUACGCGCAAGAAUAUAUCGAUGGCAGCUGUCGUACAGCUCAGCAGAUCCAGACAUCUAUAACAAAUAAACGGUUAAAGCCAAAGGCGCUUGUUCAGAUGAACAGAUUUUUAUUUUUAUCACCCGAGGAUGCGGCCUUCUCUGUGUCACUGAAUACAGAUUUAAAAUAUACCCAACUGGACGGAGCAGAGAUGGAGUGGAGCCAUCUGUUCCAUGGUGGAUCCUCCUCAGCCUCAGCAUCGUUCUCUUCACGAGCAUCCCAAUCGAACGAGGGUCGUCAACACUACACGUUCCCUUAUGCAUUACUUGAAACGCAGUUCCAUACGAGGCUGGAUGGCAACAUUCCGCAAUGGCUGUUGGAACUCUCUGAAGCCAAGCUGAUUUAUGAAGUACCUCGAUUCACGCUGUUUGUAGAUAGUGUGGCGCAACUAUGGCGUCCUCAGUUAGCCAUUCUGCCGUGGUGGCUCGACAUGAUGGAUCAAGAUAUCCGUCGUGCGGAACAAGACAAGCGGAAGAUGAAAGGAGAACAAGCGCUUGUAAGUAGGACAGAUACUGCACAAGCAGUCAAUGUGCACCGUGUAGGCUAUUUAGAGUCUAGGCUGCGGCGACCACGAUUGUUCGAACCCACCCCAUGUGCAGCUUCGACUAUGGCAAAGGAGGAGGAUGCUAGGUCACAUCGAUCGAGUGAGGACAGCAGCGAACAGCAGAGCAUGUUUCUAGACUAUUAUUACAGCGGACGAGCUGGGAAUUCACCGGCCUAUUUACUGCAAAGAGUGGAGUCGGUCAAGAAAGACGAUCAGCUCCGUAAAGAGGCUAUUAUACAAAUCGAAGAAGAAGAGAAGCGAAUAAAAAAAGAGAAAAAGAAAAAGAAGAAGAAGGGACAGAUGCUCGAACCAAAGAUCUUUUUCGCGAACGAAAGGGUCUUUCUAAAGUAUCUUCAAUUUUCUGCGUUAAUUAUGACAGCUGCUCUGACACUGCUCAACUUUGGUGAUUAUAUCAGUACAAUAGCAGGCGCCACUUUUUUCGGUAUUUCGACCGUGAUUGUGAUCUAUUCCACCUUUAGAUAUCGUUUACGGUCGUAUCAGAUCAAGACAUUUCCUGGUGUACGGUAUGAUGAUCGAUUCGGCCCUGUCGGGCUUUGCGCAUUAUUGGUAGGCGCGAUGGUGUUGAACUUUGUACUUCGUUGGGAACAUCCCUCUGCCACAGCUACAUAUUUGGGAACGAAUCAGCAGACAGGGCAACAAAGCAAUCAACAAACAUAAACAUACAAUUAUCUAUAAUCUCAAACAGCAAAAAAAAAAAGCUCGUGUUUUUUUGCCC